AUGAUACCAGAAACAUAUUAUUCCAUAGUCAUUUAUCUCCCCCAAAAUUUGGAAAUUGAAGAAAGCAGAGACGAAAACGAUGAGUUAGAUGAAGAUUUAGAAGGCGACGAGAGCAAUGACGAUGACAUGGAAUUAGAUGAAGAUUUGAAGGAAAAUGAUGUGGAUCAGGACCUGGAUCAAGAUCAGGAUGUAGACCUGGAUCAGGAUAUGGACCAGGGUGUGGAUCUGGAUCAGGAUGGGGACGCGGAAGCCCAAGUUAAAGAACAUCCCAACCGCGUUGAGCAAGUUCCCGUAAAAGCAUCAGACCACCGCCCCUCAGCUUUCUACCCUGAACAAGUACGAGGAUAUCAUCCAACAGCAGUGGACAAGGCCGCAGGGGCAAAAGUAGAUCAGGCGUCUCGUGCGGCUGCCAAGGCCUACAUUGCUGCUCGGGAGAAGGAGGGCACUUUUGUUCGCAGGUAUUUCGUAGCUCCUGAUGCGCUGAUUUCUGAUUCGAGGGCCUCGAAGAAAAGUGCAAGUGCCAUGGUGAAAAAGAGCAAAGUUGACAGUGAUGCGAUGGAGAAAAUUCCAGAUGACUUAGACUCCGCACCUGAAGAUGGUUUUGAUGACGACGACGAAAGUGGGAAGAUAGAAAAACGAGCAUGGAGUAAGUUCCGCCCUCUAUUGGGAUAUUUCUCUAUAUUUCUCUAA